AUGGGUUUAGAGUCCUUUUUCGCCAAGGUCAAAGGGGUACAGAGCAGCUUCACGCCUUACAAAAGUUAUUUCACCAAGGAUCUUUUCCAACCUUACGAUCCAGCGCCGAAGACAGCUAAAAUGUUAACCGACCAAACACGAACACUUUACGAAAAACUUCUGGAGAUAAGAGCCAGCUUGAACACGGGAAGACUCAAGCUAAGAGAAAGAAGACUUUUAGCAUUUGCUGAACACGAAUUAAAGCAUUUCUUUGGGAAACCCUACGAGAACAAUUAUUACACAGGAGCCUGGAUGUUGGGUCCCAGUCAGAGAUGCAAGUCUGAGCCAAUCGCCUCGCUGUCAAGUCACGUAAGCCGAGGACUGUACAUAUUUCUUACGAAGGAGAACAAAACUAUGACAGCUGCAGAAGAUGCCUUGAACAUGCUGCCAAAAUAUCAACAAGGUAUCGAUCAGUACAAACUUAACCUACAGAGAGGCGUGACGACAGGAAUGGUCCGGUCAAUAAGCGAAUGCGCCGAGGGAAUAGAGUGCGUGAAACAAUAUAAUCUCGACCUUUUUACCCGCAAAAAGCCCGAUGCUGUGUUGUCUUGGUAUGGGGUACACUCUCGUAUACAAGACUUCGUAUCUCAUGUUCCGAUACGAGAUUUAUCUGCAUGGAUUGAGAAAUAUGGUAAAAAUAUGUCAGAUUCCCUUUACGAUGGUGUCAUCAAAUUUGUUGGAAAGCCGCUGGUCAGUUUGUUUGAGUAUCUUGAAAAUGAUCACAUGACACACUGUGUACCCGGUAAUGUAUCCAGUGGCCUGGGAACGAGGCCUGUCGAUCAUGUCUACUUAAACGGGACAAGAACAUCAAAAACGACAAAUCAAACACUGGAUGGCACGGAAAAGAUAAUGAAGGGAAAGGACGCCUAUAAAGAAAUUCUAUCGUACUUUACUACGACAAGCUACACCCCAGGCAAGUAUUCAUAUCUUGACCUUGACCAGUGGACCAGGCAGGGGUGAUACAUGCCAUCUCAACGAUUUCAGUGAAACUUGGCCAGAUUGAAGGGCAUACCCAAUAACUCAAAGAGCCAAAACGGUUUCAAAAUUGCAAUUUUCCGGGGGACUUACACCACCCCCUACUUUUUUUUUUACAUAAAUUCCUUUAAAUACUACACUAAAUAAGGGUAAAAGUAGGGGCUCUCAAACAUGAGCAAUUCAUCCAAUUCAAUUGUGGCUUUACACGACUGUAAAUACGUCCUUCGUGAGUUAUAUACGGGAGUUUCAUGUAAUUUGAAUGAUAACCUGUCAAUCAAUUUAAGUUAAUAACUACCCAUGUAAAAUGGCAUGGCAAACUAUGGUGAUUUUGAGGACAAAUAUCUCCAGUGGCCAAGUCCCCGCAGAGAGAGAGAGAGAGAGAGAGAGCUAUAUCACGGUUCAGUACCGCCUUUGGCUUGCGCGAAUUAUUAAAAAAGUGUUUUGGGGCCUGCUAUUUAUUGUUCGCAGAUCGAGCUCAAACCCUGCACAUUUUGCACAAGAUUUUAGUUUAAUGACUAACUUCGUAAACGUUCCUGUAUAAACUGCACCCGCAGAUAAGCCAUAACCUCAAGAUGGAA